UGCGCUGUUCCGCAGUACACUUCACUGAUUAUUCCGGGUCUAGUUUAUCAUAAACCAGACGCUGCGUUAUCCUCGGAGCACAGGUCAGCAGCUCCAAACAGAGGCGCGGAGGAGGAAGUCUGUCUGGAGUGUUUUUGGGCUUCAGUCCUCGUCCCCUUUAAAACUAUGCAGCCCUAGCGGUGGUUUUAUGAUGUGAACUCCCAGGACAAGUCUGUGGAGAGGGAGAGGGGGACAAACCGAGCCCGGAGACGAGAAAUCAUGGCGGCACCUCUCGGACGGGACGCCUUACCUGAACACUGGUCGUAUGGAGUUUGCAGGGACGGCCGGGUUUUCUUCAUAAAUGAUAAAACUCAUUCUACUACUUGGCUCCAUCCGCGCACUGGUGAACCUGUAAAUUCUGGGCACAUGAUUCGUUCAGAUCUACCACGAGGAUGGGAAGAGGGAUUCACCGACGAGGGAGCCAGCUUCUUCAUCAACCACAACGUGAGGGCUACGACGUUUCGACAUCCAGUAACCGGACAGAUCUCCCCUGAAAACACAGAAUACACGCUACAGGACAGAAUUGAGUCUCGCAUGUCCAAGUCAGUGUCCAAUCACAGAUCCCCCGGCAUGGUCACGGAGUCAACCAAACCUGUGACCACCACUCCGCUGGAUGGCACCUCAGGGUCAAAGGGCUUCAGAGGCAGUGGAAAAGUACACAGUUUCGGUAAAAGGGAUCAUUCGAUUAAAAGAAAUCUCAACGUCCCAGUGGUCGUCAGGGGGUGGCUCUAUAAACAGGACAGCUCUGGAAUGCGACUGUGGAAGAGGAAGUGGUUUGUUUUGUCAGACUUCUGCUUGUUUUAUUACAAAGACAGUCGAGAGGAGUCGGUGCUGGGGAGCAUCCCUCUGCCCAGUUACGUCAUAUCACCGGUGGAGCCAGAAGACCACAUAAACCGAAAAUACGCUUUUAAGGCGAGCCAUACAGGAAUGCGCUCCUACAUUUACAAUAAGAACUCUGUGAUUGGCUCACAGGCGGAACACUGCGGGAUGCGGACAUAUUUCUUCAGUGCGGACACACAGGAGGACAUGAAUGGCUGGAUCCGGGCCAUGAACCAGGCUGCGCUGAUGCAGCAGAGUCACUCUAUAAAGAGGGACGUGGAACAGUCAGAGAAGGCCACACAGCAGGCCGUCCCUCAAAGCAGCCAUGCCCACAUCAACUCCACUCACACCGAAAGCCCAAGUAAAGCAGACAGAGAAGUGGACCACAGUAUUAGAUUAGCGCACAGAGAUGAGGUGAGGUAUGGUAUCGAGGUCCAGCCCAGAUCCACCCGCACAGCCCCAGAGGAGAGACUGUCCCCUGAGACGGGUGACGCACAGAAGAACGGCCCCACUGUGGUUCAAGUCAAUCUACCUCCAGAACAAAACGGAAAUGUUGUCUAUCAAAGGGGUUUUGUGACAAGAACUGACACUGACAAACAUGUGCAGAGAAAAAACACACUGGCCCAAGUGGAGCAUUGGGUCAAAGUUCAAAAAGGAGAUCCCAUGAAGAGUGCCACACCGACUGAAUACCAACUUCCCCGCCGUACACCACCUUUAAAGCCAAAAACCAGCACAAUGGACGCCGCAUACCAGUCUUUGCCAAAGUCCCCUCGCCUCCCGUCGGGCAGCUGUUCUCCUCCCGCAGCGUCCAACCUGCCCAGUGACUACAAGUAUGCUCACGACAGACUCAGCCACUUCCGCAUGUCCACUGACGAGCGCAUGGCCACGAAGGAGGGCAUGGUGUGGCAGUUGUACGAGUGGCAGCAGCGGCAACAGUUUCGCCACGGAAGCCCCACUGCUCCCAUCUACAGCGGGCCUAACUUCACUGACUCGUCGGCUUUUAGAGUCACCGUGGAGAUGCCCAGGUCCAUCUCCGUACCUCCUUCCCCGUGUGAAGUCCCACCAUCUAUAUCCACUACGUUUAAGCCCCUAUCGCCACGUAGACCACACACUCCCUCAGACCGACGCACAGUUAGGCCUUUAGACGAACUCGCACAAGAUAGCACAAGAGCCAGCUCGCCAGGUCAUCUUUGUCACAUUUCACAGACCUCCCAGAUAGAGAGACGGUCCAUGCCUGCCAUGGGCUACAUCACACACACAGUCAGUGCUCCGAGUCUGCACGGAAAAACGCCCGAGGAGCUGACUCUGCUGCUCAUUCAGCUUCGGAGGCACCAGGCCCAGCUGGCGGGUGUGCACAGCCCCAGUGAGGCCUUUGCUCACCUGCAGCAGCACCAGCACAACGGCCUGUUAGGCUCCAGCUUACAGGCGGAUGACACGUACAUACAACUGAAGAAGGACCUGGAGUAUCUGGACCUGAAGGUUACUGGAUGUGAAAGCCUAAAAAAAGAAAGACCAUCAAAGCCUGUGAGAAUAGCAGAGAGUGAUGCUGAUGUUAAACUAAGUCGGUUGUGUGAACAGGACAAGAUUUUACAAGAGCUUGAAUCCAGGAUACGCACCCUGAAGGAAGACAAGGACAAGCUGGAGUCUGUACUGGACGUGUCUCACCAGCAGAUGGAGCAGUACCGGGACCAGCCCGCACACGCAGAGAAGAUCGCCUACCAGCAGAAAUUACUCCAAGAGGAUGUGGUUCACAUCAGAGCUGAGAUAUCUAAAGCAUCAACAGAGAUGGAGAACGCCUGGGCUGAAUACACUCGGUUGGAGAAGGACGUGGAGUGGCUCAAGUCGGCCCUGCAGGGACAGAUGACCCGCAGCGAUCUCACUCAGCAGGAAAAGGUGCAGAUCAGGAAAGAGCUGUGGAGGGUUGAGGAUGUCAUCGCAGGCCUCAGUGCAAAUAAAACCAACUACAAAGUUACCAUCUCCUCAAUAACCAACCCAGAGAGGAAAUUUGUGCCUUCAGUGUCGGCGUCAUCAGUGCCUUGUGUGUCUGGGAGCCCGUCUGCUAUGGAGAUGAGACUGUCCCAGCAGCAGCAGCUCAGCCCCCACCUCACCCCCUCCCUCUCGUCCAGCUUCAGUAUGGAGCAGCCAUUGUACUCGACACUUCCCAUCACUGGGCAUAAAUGGGGUGAGGAAGAUGUGCCCCCCCGCCCUCCUCUACCUCAGCUCUACAGUCCCAACGAGCACCCACCUGCCGUGCCCCCGCUGCCCAAAGAAACCACGGUGAUCCGCCACACUUCAGUACGAGGCCUGAAGCGACAGUCGGACGAACGCAAGCGGGACAGAGAGAUCGGACACUUCACCAACGGAGACACGAAGGUUGAACUCCGACCUUUCCUGAGUGAGCCCGAGUUGAUGGGAGCUGGAGACGGCUCGAGUUUGGUCAGUGCGGUUGCAGCAGGACACGAUGGAGGUUACCAGACGUUACCAGGCAGAGGAGCGGCUUCUUCCUCUUUUAGGAUAAAUCAGUCUUCGAGCAUCUCUUCAUAUGUGACUCUUCGACGAGCAGCAUCAGCUGUCAGCAUGAAGGAGAGACCCAAAAGUGCCUUGGAGCGCCUGUACUCCGGGGAUGCAGCGCUACAGCAGCAGAGAGGGAGGAUGAGUGCGGACGAGCAGCUGGAGAGGAUGAAGAGGCAUCAGAAGGCCCUCGUUCGCCAACGUAAACGCACCCUAAGUCACGGAGACCGCCACGGCGCCUCGUCCUCGCGCUCUUCAGCCUCCUCCUUGCGCCCACUCUCUGCAGACCUGGGAUCACUGAAGAGAGAGCAGGACUUUGACUUGCAGCUGCUGGAGCGGGCCGUGCAGGGGGAGGAGUCAGUGCGCAGCGUCCAGGGAGAAGAGAGACCCCCGGAGCACAAGGAGAGACCCCGCUCCCACUCGGAUGAAUGGCUGACUUUUAAAUCCACAGCCACGCCCACAAAAGAAGGGGAACUAGAGCCGCUGGAGUAUGACCUGGACCUGAGUAAAGAGUUGUCUAAGCCUCAAAAAGUGCUGAUCCCAGAGCGGUACAUGGAGUCAGAGCCUGAGGAAGCGCUCAGUCCAGAGGAGGUGGAGGAACGGCAGCGUAAAGUCCAACGAAUCAAGAGCAUUUUGGCAAAGUCCAGUGUGCAGAAUCUGGCCCCCGCUGUGUCUGUGGACAAACCGGACCUGGGUCGGGCGACUCUGGACUCUGCUCUUCAGGAACAGGAGAGGAUCAUCACUAUGUCCUAUGCACUUGCCUCAGAGGCUUCACUCAAGAGUAAAAUGGUUGCAGCUCAAGCUAUUUCUGGACACUGAGGUGCUAUUCAACAAACUACUGUGUUCUGUGACAUGAGUGGAUCAUGUUUGACUUUGGACCAUGUAAAUUUGAGCAGAAAGCUGAAGCCCACAUGUAGCCUCGUGUUUAAGGAGCUCAAAGCCACUUUUCCUGUGACACUGAAGCCUGUGUGAGCGGCUGUGCUUUUUGACUCUGGACAUGCCUAACACGUGUUAUUUUCAACAGGUUCUUGCACUUUGAAUGACUGAAUUCUGAUGAGGAAUUGAUCUCACACUUUACAUGUUUGACUGAAUUACGUUGAGUCGCUGUGUGAUCUUCACUUUAACUUUGUUUCCAGGUACUGAAUGUUUAAAGCAAAUGGUACAAAAUGUUAUUUUCUUUGUCAGAGACUAUUUUACACCAAACCACUUGAAAUGUCAUGUAUGUGCAGUAUCUACUGCCGCACUGCCAGUCUCCUUUUAGCUUGCCAAGAUAAAUUUUUAUUUUUUCUGCUUAUAUUAGGACUGAAUUUAACAUUUAACCUAUUUUUGUGCGUCUGGGAACAGCUGCACAAUAAAACUUUAUAUGAAUGUG